UCUACUCUCCUCAGCUGGGCACCAAGGAGGAAGACCCUCAUACUAACGACCUGGUGGGAGGACUGAUGACGGAUGGCUUGCGCAGAUUAUCAGGAAACGAAUACAUCUUUGCUGCGAAACAGCCCCACCUCCCAAGUCACCUAGCCAUGCCCCUGUCGUUAAAUGACAUCCCUCCUCACGUUGCCCAGACAAUGGAGAAUGAAGACUCCUGGGACUUUGACAUCUUCAACCUGGAGACUGCCUGUCUGAAACG